CGUCGGCAGCUUAGUUGGGUAACACUAUUCUGGGUCUACUUGGUUAUUUAAUAAACAUAAGCAUUUAUAAAUAAAAAACUAACAUGAGACACGCACAAUUUCUGGCCCGUACGGUUCUCGUGCAAAACAAUAACGUGGAGGAGGCCUGCCGUCUUCUGAACCGCGUCUUGGGAAAGGAGGAACUUCUGGACCAGUUUCGCCGGACACGCUUCUAUGAGAAGCCCUACCAGGUUCGGCGCCGUGUCAACUUUGAAAAGUGCAAGGCCAUUUACAACGAGGAUAUGAACCGGAAGAUUCAAUUCGUGCUUCGCAAGAACCGCGUUGAACCUUUCCCCGGAUGCAGUUAGUCACUGUUAAGAGUGUUUUGUUUUAAUAAAAUCUAGAAAUUUUGUUAAGAAAA